AUGACUAUUGAUGAAAGCAUACACGAAAUUUCCCCGUUCUUCCAGGUAAAGCAAACUAAAUGGGGCGGUAGGGCUUGCUUUAGUAAUGCUAAUAUUCCUAAAGGGACAACAGUCUUGCAAGUUAGUAAUUCUACGGGAACAUCUAUUUCAUAUGAAUUUAGAAAAGAAGUUUGCCACAAUUGUUUCGCAUAUGCCAAUGCGAGAACCAUGAAAUACAGACUAAAUUAUGAAUCUGUAAAAUAUUUAAUUCGUGAUCCGCAUUGCCAGAUCAAUCCCAAAAAAUUUCUUGGUGCUGGGCUAUGGUUCUGUUCAGAUCAUUGCAAGACAUCAUAUCUUCAAAUACCAAAUAUUAUUGAACUAAUCGAAUGUUAUGAAAUAUUGCUGCACCAUUUUCCAAAUAUGUUGAAAAGAUAUAACAUUACUUCCGAACAGGAGAAAAAAUUGAACUCUAUCCCAAUUUCAGAAAGCAUCAUACAGUCUGUAUGGGAUGAAAUUGAAAAUGACUGGAUACCGCGUAUUAAUAACAUGAAAACGACUAAGAAAAUUAACCAAUUGCCACCCAUUAGCGAAGAUGAAUACAGCUGCAUUAGAUUUGUGUGCGAAAGUUUGUUUAAACUAAAAUAUAUGAAUCCUCAGUGCGUAACAUAUCAUGCUUUCAAUAUGUUACAAUCUAAUGAGCUUAGUAAAAUAACAAGGUUUCCUGUCUUAUUGAACUUUCAAAAAUUGGUAUUCCAAACACUCUACAUUAUGUUACCUUCACACUUGCGUAAAAUGCUCUCCAUACCGCUGUUGAGACACAUCUUAGGUACUGAAUAUGGAAAUGCGUUUGGUCUAUGGCAAGAAGGUGAAGCGUCAGAAAGCAGGGAGUUUUUUGGAUAUUGGGUAUUUCCAGAAGCUUCCUAUUUCAACCAUUCUUGUAACCCCAACGUGACAAAAUAUCGUAAAGGUAAUUCAAUGCUGUUUAAUGUGAAUAAAGACAUAAAAAAAGACGAGCAAAUCUGCAUCGAUUAUUCCGGGGUACUGGACUUACCAACCACAAAACGCCGGAAAUUUCUGGCUGAUAGUUGGUUCUUCGAUUGUGCUUGUGAAAGAUGUAUGUCAGAAUUGUAG